CAAAACCCUCGAGUUCACAGGCUAUUUCUUGUCUAUGUCUCAGUUCAGAGCUCUUCACCGACACAUCGAUUCCUAUCUGAAACUCCGAUACCAUUUCUUCUGUUCACAGUCUUCACAUUCCCUCCAAGUUCACACUCUUACCUCCAUUUCUCGAAGAACUCGAAAUUUCUCGUUGAAAAUCGAAGAGGGGAUCGGACCAGAAAUCGUGGACGUAAAUAGGGAUAUACGUACGGAUUUUGUGGUUGAUGGAGCCGUAAGAUCGAACCGAAGUGCGGAAUGUCGCGAGCGCGAACGCCGAAAUCAAGACAAUGUGCUGGAAGGGAGCUCGGGGGAAUCGGAGCGCGGAGCGGGGUGGUUGAGAGCGGAUUCGGGAGGUAGUGGGAAAUUGACGAGGAAGGGGAAGCCUGGAAGCUUAUAUGUAUUGGUUUCCAAACAAAAUGGAUGCACUGAGAGGCGCGAGGUGAGGAUGAGGGAGGACGCUUUGGUCCGUAAAGAGCUUUCUCCGGACAUAGAGAUGCUCGUGAGGCAUUUGUACGGGGAAGGAUAUUUUAGUUAUGCGAAUUUCUUGCCCGAUAACAAAUUGGUUCUUAGCUACUUUGAGUAUCGUCAUGGACGGGAUUUUAUCAAGUCUGCAGCUGAGAGAUUUGGCAGAGACAAUCAAGAAAUUGCAAAAUGGUUGUCCGGCAGUGACUUGAGAAAGGUUGCUCUCUUAGGAUGCCCAUCCACUGCAAGAAAAGAUGUGUUUUCUGCUAAGAGGCUGCGAAAAUUUUUUGGAAUCCAAGAAGACACAGUUUGUCACAAAUGCAUCUUGAGACACUCAUGCAAGACCGAAACACCUUCGAAUACCCGAAGAUAUGAAGGCUUCUGUAAGCCGGUUGCUGAAAGAGAUAUUGAAACUAAGCCCAACCGUGUCGAGGAACUAGUUCUCGGGGCAACUAUACAAGUUCUCUAUAACCAAAUGCCAAAAAUCCUCGUUGAGUUGAUCAAUCUCGUAAUAUCUCAAGAAAAAUCUGGAUUGGUCUUCCAUGUGCUGUGGAACUAUCGGUGCAUUCAGCUUGUUCAUACAGCAUGGUGAGUUUGUAAGUAAACACUGUUUCUUUGAUUCACAUAUGUGAUUUUAAAGUGCCUCGUUUGCUUCAUUUUGACACAUUGGGAUAAAACCUGAAAAGUCACUCUAAUUUAUAUGUACCUAAACAGUUAAAUCUUGGAGUUAGGAAUUGGUUUUAGACCAUUGAACCCA